CUUGAAGAUCCUGAUGGAUGUAGUGGUGUGAUCCUGUGACAAAAUGUUGGAUGUAGUAUUUGAUGCAAAAUGCAAAACAUUUGAUUUCCUGAUGGUUGUAAGCAUUUGAUGUGAUCCUGAUGGUUGUAGUAUUUUGUAAGCAUCAACAUUUUGUAUGCAAAACACUUGUUGUGAUUGUUAUGAUGCUGGUGCAUUUUGGAUGCUUAUUGUUAUGAUAUCUGGGUAGAAAUGACAAAAAUUUCUUCAAUGAAUGAGACUUAUGGUUGUAGAUACAAUGCCAAAUGAUGUUUUAGUGCAAAAUGAUGUGAUGAAGAUACAAUGCAGAUAGUGAUGUAGUUUUGGUGCCAUUUUCUUAGUUUUUGGUCAGAACUGUUGUUUUUGUUUUGGUCAGAUAAUGAUGUGAUGAAGAUUACAGGAGCAAAAUGUUUUCUUGUAAUGCAAAAUAUUUUUCAGAAGUUGUUUUCAGAGCUGUUUUUCAUACUAUCUUAGUUUUGGCCAGAACUGUUUUUGUUUUUCAUUGUGAGCAAAAAAAUAUGCGCGAGCGGGGGCUCGAACCCACGACCGUGCACUCGUUUCACUGUGUUUCUACCACUGGGCUAGGAAGAGGCUACUGGUCUUCCACUCUAUGUCGUCUCUUUUCAAAUCAUCAAACCAGUCAAGUAUCAAACACAGACCUCGCUGACAAGUGGGCCACUCGACCCACUCGCUGACAAGUGGGCCAUUUUGCUACUCUACCCACUCGACCCUUUUCCCCCUGAGCUACCAAAAAAUAUUAGGCGAGCGGGGGCUCGAACCCACGACCUGCCGCUUAUUCCACUAUUUUUCUACCACUGUGCUAGUUAGAGGUUGUUGGUUUUGUACUGUAUGCCAACGCUUUUCAAUAUAUCAAAUACAGAACUCGCUGACAAGUGGACCCACUCUUUUCCCCACUCCUCCUCUCCACUUGACCCGCUCCUCCUCUCCAUUAUCCACUCGACCCACUCCUCCUCUCCGCCGCCGGCACCCCCUUCUCCUCCAUCGACGGUGACGACCUCCCUGGCGACCCACUCCUCCAUCGACGGCGACGGCGACGACCUCCUAAGAUCCACGAGAUCAAGAGGAGGCCUACACGACACCGACAAGGCCAACAAGCUCAAGCAGUCGCCGUCCCCCCAGAGAAGUGAGAUGGCUGGCUUGGAAGGUUUCAAGUUCUUCGAGAUCGUAAUUGAGAAAUCUUGCAGUAGCCAGAGGUUGCCUGACAAGUUUGCAAAGAUGCUCGGCGGCCGUGAGCCCCACAAAGUGAAGCUGCGGGAGGCCGGCAGCUGGCUUCGCAGGCCGUGGGACGUGUUGGUGGUGUUCGACGGCGAAGGCCACAUGUACCUAGGGCCCGGCUGGGAUCAUUUCCCCGCGCCCAUGAGCUGGAGCUCGGGCACUUCCUUGUCUUCCGCUACGACGGCGACGCCAUGUUCACCGUGAAGAUGUUCGACAACACCAUGUGCCGCAUGUACUACCAGCACGUCGACCAUGCCAGAAAUGGGAGCAGCAGUGGGGAUGACGAGGAGCAGAGCGGGCACUACAAAAAAUAUACACUUCCGUGAUGAUACAUGUUUGUCAUAGUAGGUCGCGUUUUUUGUCAUGCAUGUACAUCCAUGACAAAUUUAUGACAGAAUCAAGAUAGU